UCUAAUGUGUUUACAAAAAUAAGUACCAAUUUCCUUAAGGAGAAAGUAAUGUUUUAUCAAAAUGUCGUCUACGUUCAGAUAUAAUCUCCUUCGGAGUGUUAAGCCCUAUACUCCAUUUGUCCCCCAGCUUUCCAAGUCUCUUCUCCGGGUCCUUAUACAAGUGUCGGUGCAUUUUAUUGAAACAAAGAAGUCUUCCUCCGAAGUGCUGUCCCUUGCCAUUAACAAAUUAACAAAUGCUGGGCAUAAGGUUCCCUCCAACUUCUGCGAACUCUUUACCAUGGUUUUCUUGACGAUGCAAAUAUACUUGAGGUAUCCAAAGGGCGCAGUUAAGCAUCAUGAGCUCCGAAAUUGUUUAUUGGACGAUUUAAAUUUUACAGAGGAAUAUGUAGACGAUAUUUGUAAGGUCCUGAUCAACCAUAGAGACGUUCUGUGCAAUAAUUUUUCGGCUACCAAAAUGGAUCGGUCCAAAAUGUCCCAGUUCCAGUGGAGGAUUAAUAUUUCCCUAUCCUUAAAUUCCGUACAAAUCAACAGACCAACAAUUGUUUUGCAUUUUAAACUUCAAAACAAGGAGUUUCGAACUUUAGAGCUGCCGUUGUCUAUGUUUCAACAAGUACGGUACAACAUCGCAUUGCUCCUCAAUGAGCUUCAAUCGCUACAAAGCCGAGCACUUUAUUAAAAUAUAUAUUUAGGUUUAAA